CCCUCCUCCCCAUCUCCGACGAAGCCGCCCAGGCCCCAACACCACCGCCGUUGCCCCCACCUGGUGCUCCGCCGGCAGCCGCUCCCUGAACCCGAGGAGCUACACGCCCUCUGUCGGUGGUGUCGAUGUCGCCCUCGGCGGCGGACGGAGGGGGCGAUGGGGACGAGGAGCUGACGGCAAAGUCAUCUCUAGCAGCUCUACCUCGAGGGCAACGCGCUCGCCGGCGGCCUCGAGUUCCUGGAGGCCCUGGUGAUCCGCGACAUGGGGCGGAUCGGGGUCACCGUCCCGAGCACCCUCUCGCGGCUCACGCGCCCCCAGCAGCUCUACCUCGAGGGCAACGCGCUCGCCGGCGGGGUACCCGGGAAGGUGAUGUCUAGGAUGAGCUCCCUCCGCUACCUCUCGCUCGCCGGCAACCGGCUGGAGGGCACGCUGCCACCGGAGCUCGGGGACGUUCGCGUAGAAAGGAAUCCAGGGCAGAAGUGUAGGAACUGGGCAUCAAGGACGUGA